UUUGUUUGAUUUCUCUUUCCCUUUCUCUCUCCCUAAAUUGCACACGUAUUUUACUUUACUUUACUUUACUUUACUUUACUUUAUUUUAUUUAAGAAGGAAAGGGUAGAAAAUCAUGCCAAAGACAAGUGAUAGACAGGCUGUACUGAGAUCUCUCAAGGAUCGAAUUCUUGAAAGAAUGAUUGAACGUCUACUCCUUGGCAAAUCUUGUGUGCCGUCAAAUAUAAUCCGUGACAUGCCUGAGGUUGCCAUGUAUGCUGCCGUGGAAGAACAAAGAUAUCUGACCACCAGAACAAAGAGACGCAAGCCCUGCAAAAAGAGAGCACCAAAGCUACAUAACACAGUAUCAAAUAAAGAUAAAGAAAACGAGAUGGAGACAAUACAGACUACACAAACAACACAGAUAAUAGAGACAGCAAAUACACCAAACACAACAGAUAUAGCACAUACAGCAGAUACAGCAGUGACAACAGUGACAGCAGUGAAACUAGAAGAUCUUAAUUCCUAAGUCCCUCCAUCCAAUCCAUGAAACCUUCCCUCCUCCAGUAAGAAACGAAACGGCUCUUAAAUAAACUGGGCAACGAUAGACUCCAAUAUUCACAACCCAAAAAAAAAGAAGAGAGACCAAGAAAGACUCAUUACUACUAUUACUAUUACUGUCUCUGUUACUGUUGCUUUUGCUGCUAUCGAUUAUUAUUGUUAUUAUUGAUUCGAUUCAUAGAGAUUAUGAGCAUUCCCAACUUCCAAAAUAAAUCUAAACUAGAUAGCAGAUUGAUGGAAUCAUUCA